GGCGCUUAUGCAUAUGUAUCUCAAAAACUGAUCCCCACACUUACGGGCCUUUCAACCAAACCCUCUCCCCCUCCCUCUCCCUUCACAAAAUACGUUCACACAAAUCUCAAAUCAUUUGUAACCAGCGAAUUUAUGUUUUUUCAUUUUCACGCCAUUUUUCAACCAUUUUCAUUUGAUUUUGCAAAUAUAAACCAGGCAAACGGAGAGUUUGGAGGGAAAUUUUGCAGGGAAUUUGAAUUGGGUAUAGUUUGAACAUGCAGACGGGUGGGUUGCCAUCGCUCUCGCUGAGUUUCGGUAGCUCCAGCAACAGUAAGCUCACAGAAGUGGGGGCUCGAGUCGUUGAAGAAUUGAGAGGAGAAGAAAAGAAUUCUGAAGGUUUCUAUGGAGGAGAAUGUUAUCCCACACAAAACAGAGAAAAAGAAGAUUUCAGUGACCGUGAAAAUGAAAAUGAGGAUUUUGAGUUUGCGUUUGUGACAAGAGAAUCUCAAAUUUCUUCUCCGAUUUCAGCUGAUGAAAUUUUCUGUAACGGGCAGAUCCGACCCGUUUCCAAUACAGAUUUAUUGCUUGGGAGCAUGAACCUUGAGCGUCAAAAUCAUAGCAUAGAAAAUUCGUGUUCAUUAAAGAGUCCGGGUCGGACGAUUCGGCUUCCAUUGAGAAAGCUUUUUAUUGAGGAAAGGGAAACGCCAUCGUCGGGCUCGUCUUCAGAAGCCGACGAGCUCGACGGCGUGCCGCCAGAAACCUACUGUGUGUGGGGACAGAAGGCUUCGUCGGAGCGGUGUAAUAAGAGUAAUUCCACCGGCUCUUCAAAACGGUGGAGGUUUAUGGACCUUUUGCACCGGAGCCAAAGCGACGGCGGUAAGGACCCUUUUGUCCUCUUCACUCCCAGCAAACGAAAAGAAAAUGAAAAAACUAAGAAGACAAAAACGCCGGGCAAUGGCGGAAAAGUAAAAUCGACGGCGGCUGUGGCACAAUUUUCGAAGAAGGGUGGCGAUCGUCGUAAAUCGUAUCUGCCGUACAGGCGAGAUCUGGGCACAUUCCAACUGGCAAAGAUGAGGGCGCUUCAAGACUGCAGAUCAGAGAUCGUGAGUUCGAUUUUUGGAAGGCUCUUGAAAGACAGAUAUUUUCCUGGAAUGCAGGAUUUAUCUUGGAAGGCAGGAGCUCUACUGGAAGGCAAGGUGCAAAGAUGGAAAACGACUUACUUGGCACUUUAGCAGAUCAGUUGAGGGGGCUCUUGAGCACUGAUCAGUUUCGGACACAACCUACGAUUUAACUUAUCUGCAGCUUGAGGGGCCAAAGUGUAGAUUCCAGGAUUUAGUCACUGUAAGAUGGAUACCUAGAUAUCAAAAAAAAAAAAAACAAAAAGAUAUACAUUACUAACUACGGUCUUUCUUUCUUUUUUUCCUAUAGACAAUCCUCGUUUUUGUGAUCCCUUCGUCCCUAUGCCUCACAAACCGCGUUCUUUUCCUUUUUCCUAUUUCAAAUUGCAAUUAUCUUUCCUUGUCUA